ACAGUAUGAGCAGUGGUCGACUUUCUAUGAGUUAAUGACUUUGUUUCUUACUGUAACCAGCUGCUGUCUCUCUCAGUUCCUCUUUAUUUUUCACGUUUUCACGCCAAGGUGACCAAUAUCAUGAUGCGGCCUUUGAAAACCUGGCAGAAGAUGAGUGCAUCUGAUUGGUCCAACCUGACCCUUCACCUGGAGAACUCCCUGACCAGUGCUUUGGGCCAUUACCUGGACAGCUGGAGGCGUAAUGCGACAGCUGCAGCCGACGCUCUGGAUAAGACUCUGGCUGAGGAGAACUUCAGGAACGUCAUCUGGUAUCUGGCAGUGAUGAUCGGCAUGCUGGCCUUCAUUGUUGUGGCCAUCCUGGUGAGCACAGUCAAAUCCAAGAGGGGGGAGCACUCUAAUGACCCCUACCACCAGUACAUCAAGGAGGAAUGGACUGCUCAACAGGGUGAUGUUGUCACCAACUAUGGAGCUAGAUAAUGCAAGACUCACAGCAGAUCAUCAUUAUCAUCAGGUGCGGCCAAGACAGUGGAGCCUGUCUGGAUGUAGAAAUGCAAAGCAACAGAAUGAACGUUAUAUUCUUAAUAUAAGCUUUUUAUAGAAAAUAAUAGGUGUAAUCCCUUUGUAAUCACCAACAUUUUGAUUAACAACUGUAAUUUAAUCCCAUUUUUUUUUCCUCUGUAAGGGAUUACAAUUAUAUUUAUUUUUUAAUUUAAUCACAUAACUUGCUGCUGCUAAUCAGAAUAAUAAAGUCUACUCAAUAUUGUACAUCUAACUUGUGCUUAGCUCUAUAAACCUCUAGAUAUUAUAGAUAUUAUAACACUAUAGACUAACAUCAAUAAUACCUUUUUG